AUUUAAACUGAAAUCAUUGAGGCAUUUAAAUUUCUGUCGGCUUUUUAAAAUUGUCAAUAACAUCGUCGUGUUUAACAAUCGCCAUUGUUUUUGCCAAUCCCACCCCGUCUAAGUAAUGAUGUACAUAUGAAAAUCAAUUUUUCAUAAUAACCAUGAAGAAAACACGGAACUUCGGAGCUGUGAGCAGCUCAAAGACAACGAAGUCAAGCAAUCAACCUGCAGCAAAGUCAGAAUCUCACAAAGUAUGUGCUGCUUCAAAAGCACCAAAUGCCACAGGUGACAAACCCAAAACACUGCUAAAAUCUCGGAUAAAUUUCUCCGAGGCCAGCAAAGCUGCAAAACCCUCCAGAACUUCAUUGGGAUCUUCACAAACGAAAACUACAGAAAGAAAUUCAAAAGGACGUCCACAGCAAGAGUCCAAGGAAAAAGUGAAAUUGGCUUUAUCCAAUAAACCUGAAUUAGACAAUCUUUAUAGCCAGAUCAAACAAUAUCUAGAGGAAAAUAAGUUUGCCACAAAGUCACAGAAUGUGGAUUCAAGAGACAAUCACAAACACUCCCAAUCAUCCACUCAUUUUGUUUUACUUGGUGAUGUCACCAAACCACUACCUCAUACGUCUAAAGUAGUCCGCGUGUUCACAAGCAGCACAUUCACAGACACGAUGCUGGAACGGAACAUGCUUCUAGAGAAGACGUUCCCCCGGAUAAAGUUGUUCUGUCAGGCCCGAGGGUACGACUUCCAGGUAGUAGACAUGAGGUGGGGGGUCAGGGAUGAGUCCACAGAUGACCAUAUGGGAACAGAGCUGUGUUUAAAGGAGCUCACCAAAUGCCGAGACAUGUCUACAGGUCCGUUCUUCGUGACUUUGCUGUCACACAAAUACGGAUAUUGCUCACUGCCACGAGAAAUAGAAGCAUCGGAGUUCGAGAAACUUUUGAAAUGUGUCAGAGACAAGAGUAGCAUUGCACUGUUAGAAAAAUGGUACAUCAGGGACGAUAACUCUGUACCCACGGUUUAUGUUCUACAAUCUAUAAGCCAAAACUUACCAGAUUUCCUGUCACCAGAAAUUGAAAAAAAAUUAGCGGCCAAGUCCAAAUGGUGGGAGGAUAAUGAUGCCAUGCAAGGUGUGCUAUAUGCAGCUGCUGUAAAAGCGCUAGGAGAAAAGGGGGCGGAGAAAUACGUCAUAUCCGUUACUGAAAAGGAACUUAAAGCGGGACUAUUGGAUACAACAAACCCAAACAAACAUUGUUUAUGGUUCAAACGAAACAUACGAGGAAUCGAACAAGCCGAACCUUCCAAACUUGUAUCAAGGUUUACAGAAUGCCUGGGAACGCCAGAGAAAAUUAAGAAGUCUAAGGCCAUGAUCGCUGAUCUAAAGGAGAAGAAAAUUCCAAAGAUUCUCUCAUCUGAAAACAUUUGCACGUAUGAUAUUGACUGGACAGAUAAAGGUAUUGAUCCAGAUAAUGGUCAGCACAUGGCAUACUUGAAAAAAAUGACCGCAGACUUUGAGAAGCAUGUUUGUCAACUAAUUGAGAAAGGUAUUCAGGAAAGAGAACAAGGCAAAAAUGAUGUUCUAUUUGAAGAAUGUCUACAACAUCUCAGAUUUGCUCAUUCGAAAUCGCAAAAUUUUCAUGGCCGUGUUGAUGAUAUGAAGAAAAUAGAACAAUACCUACAUUUCGGUGCCGAUGUGCCUUUGGUAGUGCAUGGCGAAUCCGGCUCCGGUAAGACGUCCAUUAUGGCCCAGACAGCCAUGAUGACGGGCUCUACAGCACAGGACACUGUGGUUGUAAUUAGAUUUAUUGGGACUACUCCUAGAAGUUCAAAUAUCAAUUCUUUGCUGAAAAGCAUUUGCCAUCAGAUCAAAAACGUGUACGGCGACACCUCAGUGACGUCAGAGGACCCCAAAGAGCUUGUAUAUGAGUUUCAAAGAUGUUUGCAAGACCUACCGACAAAAGACAAAGAGCUCAUUAUCUUGUUAGAUUCAAUGGAUCAGCUAGAUCCAGCUCAUCAAGGUCGUCAGCUUGGAUGGAUGCCAACCAAUAUUCCAAAACAUGUCAAAUUCAUCGUAUCAACUCUUGAAGAUGAGAAAUAUGAAUGUUUUCCUGCUAUUAGGUUCUUAUACCGGUCAUCAAAAAAUUACAUUGCAGUAGAGAAACUACCGGAAGGUGAUGUAAAAUGCAUUGUUGACUCUUGGUUGAAAGAAAAAAACCGGACACUAACGGAAUUCCAGAAAGAGUUGCUGUUCCGAUCAUUUGACCAGUGCCCUCUUCCUCUCAAUUUGAAGUUAUCUUUCGAUGAAGCCUGCAAAUGGACAUCUUUUGCAACGCGGGACUCCACCAGGCUUCAAAUGACAAUACGUGCUAGCAUCAAUCGCCUCUUUUUCCGGUUAGAAAGAAUGCAUGGUGAAUUGUUUGUAUCCAGAGCACUUGGUUACAUGACAGCAGCAAAAAGUGGCCUCUCUGAAGGUGAAAUGGAGGACAUUUUAGCUUGUGAUGAUGACGUACUUAAUGACGUAUAUACGUACUGGACGCCUCCCCUUCGUCGUCUUCCGCCUUUACUACUCCUUAGACUAAAGGCAGAUUUGAGAGAAUACAUUGUUGAGCGAGGUGCUGAUGGGCUGACCGUAAUCUACUGGUAUCACAGACAGUUUGUACAGGCUGCCAUAGAGCGCUACUGCCAGAACACGCAGAUUUUACAUGAGACACUAGCUGACUUCUUCAGUGGAAAGUGGUCCAACGGGAAUAAAAAAACCUGCAAGGACAAGUCCGAGAAAACUCUGGAGGAGGACCGCUUUGUUUCAGCGCAGCCUCUAAUGUUUGGUAGUAAAUUUAAUCUACGCAAAUUAAAUAACCUACCAUAUCACAGAGUCAAGGCACAUCAGAUGGAGCUUGCCAAAAAGGAGUGCUUAUGCAACUUCAAAUUCAUGUUCUGCAAACUUCUAGCUACUUCUUGCAGUAACCUAUUGUCGGACUACACUCUUGCUACAGAGGAAGCAAAUGACAAAGACAUCAGCCUUAUAAGAGACACUCUACAAUUGUCAGAGCAUGCGCUGAUCUUUGAUAAAAUGCAGCUUGUUCCACAAUUAACUGACAGGUUAUCAACAGAAAAGACUGCUGCCUCGUUCCUGUCCCAGAUAAAAGACUACCCAUUCAGCUACUUACUGACCCACUACAGUACACUGAUGAAGCCGGGGGGCUCUUUGGUUUUCUCUCUGUCGGGUCACGCUACGGAGUUGAUAGCCGUAGAUAUGAAACAAGAUGGUUGUACUGCCGUUACGUGUGCAAAGCAUCCGGAUAGUAGCAUUAGACUUUGGGAUGUCAAAAAUGGAAAACUUAUAAAAUCGAUUGAAAACAUCGCUCAAAGAGCCAUCAGAAUUUUCUUCAUAUCUAACGACAACAUAAUCUUAGUCCAUCUCUACCAUAAAUUUGUGGCUCUCAGAGAAACUGGGGAAGUGGUUUACACGAUACCUACCGCAAGUGAAAGGGUUCUUUUCUGUCCAGCGAGUAAGGGACGAGAUAUCUUCCUUGUUUUCCAAAAUAAUACCAUAGAGUGUUAUGACGCUCAGUCUGGCAAGAAGACUGAUACAAUCACGUGUCCGGAAGGAGUCCGAUUUAGCGAGACGGGUGUCGCAGUUGGUUCCAAGUCCUUAGUGGCAGCUACAGUAGAACCACGAGAGAAGUUCAUAGUCUUUGAUUUGAUGACAAGAAAGGUUUCACUGUAUGACGUUCCCUAUCCAGACGAGGUCAAUAGACGGCAUAUCAUUAAGUCAUUGGCCAUAAUGCCGAAUGAAAGACAUAUCAUCUUCUCUAUCCGGUUCAAUAAUGACAUCCGGAUCCUCGACACAUCUACCAUGAAGGAGGAUAGAUUAAUUAAAGGUGACCGAGGAGACUUCACUCUAGGACAGUUUCUUCUCUCCCCUGACGGCACGGAACUAUUCUAUCAAGUGGCCCAGGGUAUUUGUGUAUGGGACCUAGCAAAGGAACAGUUUAAACGGACAUUCCUGCAUCCUGGUUACGUUCUUGGUUUAGCGUCUACAGAUUGGAAAACCAUGGUGACAAUUUCCAAUGAUCCGAUCGUGAGAGUAUGGGAUCUUACCAAGAAAAUGAAAAAUGUCACCCAAACCAAAGUUCCAAAUCUAGCUCAUAUGUAUGAUUACAAUUCUGUGUCCAAUCCACGAUAUUUACUGGGGCUUGCUCAGUUAAAGGGACAGAAUGAGGAUUAUGCAGUUGUUUCCAUUGAUUUGGCAACCAGAGAUUUGAUCAGAAAAUGUCAAUUGGAUGAAAAACCGCGAUUAUUCGACGUUUUGAAUGACAGGGAAGUUAUAUUAUGUUCAUCAGACCGGAAACUUAAAGUUCUUGAUGUAGACAAAAUGGAGGUGAAGAGAAGUUUCCAGGGGAAAAUGUUUCAACACAUUCCAUUCACACCAUAUGGAUACCUGGAAAUUGCUAUCUUGAAAGAAAGAGGAGAACUCGUUACGGUGACGAAGGGGAGAAAACACUUCAAAAUAUACGAUAUCAGUAGUGGAAGAACAAAAUCAAUAGUCAGAUGUACAUCCGAGGACGACUACAGAUUGACAGGAUUAACAGCUUGUCAUGAUGGUUCCAUCGUCAUUGCUCACAGCACCGCCCAUAGGUUUUACGUUCUGGACACUGUAAACAGCAAAUUAUUGGCUGUGAUUGGAGAAACUGACUUCAAAUGCCUAAAGCUGUAUGAAUUCGUACAUGUUACUUCCUCUGGAAACAUGGCACUGUUCUUUCCAAAUUUUGUAAUGGACGGUGGCUGGUCAUUUCAGCUGUACAAAAUUAGGGAAGGCAAAGUCGGUGUCAAGCUUACCGAUAAUGGUUAUCCAGAGUCGCUGACCCACGAAGCGAAAAGAUUCGCUGUUCCAAACGCAAGAUGUAUUGAGGACUGGGGCUUUGUGACGUCUUAUCUUGAUAAUCUGAUCAGAAUUUGGGAUUCUGAGAAAGGUAUCAUUUUACAUCGUUUGGGUGGCCAUGUUGUUCCUGUGACGAUACCGCCUUUGAAAAGAGGAGGGAAAUAUUUCAUAACGCACAGCAGGCUACGAGAGGAAAACGCCAUUCGAGUUUGGGAUAUAAAAACCAUGCAAUGUGUGGCGUCGUACAAACACGACGGAUCUGAAAACAGUUUAACAGAUUAUUGUGGAGACCUCAAGUCCUUUUAUUCACUUCGAUUUUCCCCAGUACAUGUGAACCAUCUGUCGCUAAAAGGAUUGGGUUGUGAUGUAGAUCUGGCAACAUGUCCAGAAUUAUAUAAGGGAACAGGAAACAAAACUAUUGAUCUUUCUGUACCUACACCUCAUGCAGAUGAUGUUAAGGAUCCAGAUGAUGACCCAGAUGAGGAAGAUGAAUUCGACGAGGACUAGAUAGUUACAAGUGAUACAGAUUGAAAUAUACCAGAUAUUGCACUAGAAAUUGUAGUUCAUUAACGAUUUAAACUCGGUUCGCAAUGAUUAUGUAUUAGUAUUGUUACCUACUAUGGAAAGAUAACCUUUAUUUAUUUUGUCAUAUUUUAUUACUUUAUGAAAGUGGACAUUUUAUGUAUAAAUCCAUAAAACUUCAUGUCAUAAAAUUACAUUUUGACAGUUUAAUAAGAAAUCAUGCUGAUAUGUGGAUGUUGUAAAAAUGUAAAACUUAACAAACUGAUUUUAAAUUGAUAAAUAUAGCUACUAAGCAUUUGA